ACCCGACGGUGUGUAACCAUGCAGAUGUCAGGCUGAAAGUAACAACAGAGAAUCUUUGCUAUAAACCGCGUCUUGUUUAGAUUGCCAACCCUGUGAAGACAUUAAACGGUAAAUCAUCAAAGUCUUUUGUUAAAGCCUAAGGCUGACGACGAAAGCUGAACACAGCGUUAGUUGACAGUUACAGAUUUAAUCGACUGCACUUCACGUGUUCAAGUGCCACGUGCGGUGUUUUGCUCCAGUGAGUGUUAGACAACAAAACAACAUUACCGCUUUAACUUAUUUUGGAAGAGAUGUCGUGUUUUGGUGGUGGUCCCAACUUCUGCCCAGAGUGUGGGAAUGUUCUUCCUCUCCCAGGAAUACCGGACGUAGUGUGCUGCCCCGGCUGCUCUUUUAGGAUCCCUGUAUCAGAGUUUUCAGGUCAGGAGAUCCGUUCUGCCGUGGUGUUUAACCCUGUGGAGCAGGCGCCUGUGUCUCAGGAUGAGGAGGACUCUGAAAUGAAGGGUCCUGUGAUUGACAGGCGCUGCUCUCAUUGCAACAAAGAGGGUAUGAUUUACCAUACCAGGCAGAUGAGGUCUGCAGAUGAAGGACAGACAGUCUUUUUCACCUGCAUACACUGCAGGUAUCAAGAGAAGGAGGACUCCUAAGAAGAGGGUCCUUUGCAUCCCCCCCCCCUCCGCUUACUCAGAUAUUGCUCAAGACUGCACAAAAGUGAUUUUAGACAGAGCUUAGACUAACCUUUAUUUUAAACUUGAGUUUGUACAGUUAGGAUUGAACAUCAUUUAAGUUUAUGUGACUGUUGUAUGGCUGACCGUGUCAAAAAAAACAAAAAAAAACGUAUUAAAGGAGCAUUCCUGUUUUUCUCUGUGGCUGCUUGGAUGCACAGCGCUGACAUAUAGUCAGCAGAAAGUUGUCACAGUGAAUAAAAUCAUCCAGCAGGAGUUCAGCAACACCAUAUUCUUGUCCUGAUGGAGCCCCCACUGAUUCAUGUAACUGAAUCAGAACAGGUGAAACAAUAUUGAAAUGUAUCAGCUUUAUUUUGUAUAGUUUUUUUUUUCUUUGCUAAAUAAACUUUGCUGAAUAAA